AGAGCCGCCCGGCGCGGCGGAGGCGGGAGUUGUGAUUCGGAGCGAGCAUGAGCAGGCGCUGUCGCUUUACGGUAACGGCAGCAGGUAUAGCUUAGUGUUAUGGGUGAUACAAAAGAAGCUAAAAUGCAGAUAACGCCUGAAACUCCAGGACGAGUCACAGUCCUGAAUCCUUUUGAAAGUCCCAAUGAUUAUUAUACUCUUCAGGAGCAGAUUGUCUCCAGUCCUUCAGUCUUUAAAUCGACAAAAUCCUCAUCUACACCAGGAAAAUUUAGGUGGUCUAUUGAUCAGCUUGCUCUAAUAAAUCCUGUGGAAAUUGACUCGGAAGAUGUUCGACGCCAAGCAAUGUACUUGAGUCAUGCUAGAAUUGAUAAGGAGACAGAAGAUAGAAGGCAAAGAGCCAUUGAGGAGUUUUUCACGAAAAGUCUCAUAGUUCCUUCUCCUUGGACUGAACAUCAAGGCAAGCAAGUUUCUCAGUUUAAUUCAACUAAAUCCAUAGAUCUAAAUAACAUUUCUCCAAUUGGAAGACAGCUAACUUUGCAGACUGGGAAAAGCAAUGCUGCUUGUCAGACAGUACUGUCUUUGCCAGUGGAUUUUAAUUUAGAGAAAAUACUAGGUGAAUAUUUUAGAACUGAUGAAUUUGCCGAUCAGUCUCAGGAAAAUCUGAGCUCUUCAUCACUCAGAAGAAAGUUGUUUUUAGAAGAAAAUGGAAGUGUAUCUGAGUGUUUGUCCCCUUCUCUGCAUAGUCCGUGCGGUAGUCAGCCACUUGGAGUGCUCUGUUCAAUUGACAUAUCUCCAGUCCGGUGCAGAAGCCCUCUUGAAACAUCUAGUUCAGGUCAGUUUUCAUCAAGUCCUAUUCAGGGAGGAACAAGGGCUUAUAGUCUCGGAAGUAUAACCAGUCCCACGUUUCCAGACAGGUCUCCUGCACAUAAUGGUUCUCCUAGUUUUUCACCAAUUGCUUUUCACAUAAGAAAGACGCCACUGUCAGACCAAAGAAAAUUUACAUUUCGUUCUCCAGAUAUUCCUUCUUCCUCAAAUCGAAUGACACCCCCAAGUACAAGAAGUCCUUAUAUAGAUGGUUGUUCUCCAAUUAAAAAUUGCUCUCCUAUGAGGCUUGGAGCAUGUAGAGGAACUGCCCAGUAUCAGACUUCUGUCAUUAGAAUACCAAUUGCAGUUGAAAAUCAUGGUGAGGAUGAGGAAGACAAGGAAAAUGUUUCUCCAGCAGAAGCUCGGUUCCCAGAAAUGGAUAACGGAAUAAACUUACGUCAGCAAGACGGUGAUACUUUUGCACAUGGUACACAUCUUGUGGUAGCAACUGUGUCUAUUGCACCAGAUCACUCGGAAGCCUGUCAUCAAAGGUUGUUGCCCUUUCAGGAUAUAGAAGGCUCAAAGGAAAAUAAUACCGUAGAUAUGGCUGAUGCAGCUGAAGUGUCAGAGGAAAACACUUGGAUAAAAGAAACGAUUGGCAAUAGCAAUGCACCAAUGGCCAGCUUUAUGACAGGGAUUACUUUCAGUAUUGAAAACUCUCGCAUGUGCAUGUCACCUCUUGCAGAAAGCAGCGCAAUUCCUUGUGACAACAGUAGCAUUCAGGUGGACAGUGGCUAUAAUACACAGAAUUGUGGAAGCAGCAUUAUGGAUACUGCGGGGACUGAAAACAGUUGCAGAGAAAAUGACGCGAAUACUAACGUGUUUCAGAAUAAACCUCAGCUUCUUCGAACACAGGAGUAUUCUGUUUUAAACCAUAAGGAAAAUCAGUUGCUGAGAGCAAAAUCUCCAGAGAAGCAAUCCUGUUUCCAAAAAGCAAAACCACAUAGUACAGUAUUUUGUCAAAACGCAACUUGCAACAUUUCGGCCUGGAAACAUAAAAAUGAAAAUCAAGUUCAGGGAUUUCACAAAAAUGCAAGGAUAUCCGGUCCCAGGAUAUUGGAUGGAAGUUCUGCUUCCUAUUCUAUUCCACAACCCACAGAAAAGCUUCUCUCAAACUGAGAGACCGUGGCUGAUGAGCAGCUCUUGGCGCGCUAAGCCUGAAACAGUUGGUCAGACGCAAAUUUGAAGACAACCGACAACGCCUUUUUAAAAAUGUCAAAAGGGGAGGCACGAACGGCACUGCACAGCAUUAAAAAGCAACGCGUUAGACCCGAGGCUUGUGCGCAAGCGUUGUACGAAUAGAACCGUCUUUGAAAUGUUUUCAUUAAUAACUCAGCAGUGACAGGUUUCUGAAAAAUACGCUUAAUGAAACAGGAAAACUUCUAUACCAUCAAUAAAGCAUCACUUGGUUUUAGUUCUCGCAUCACAAAAAUAGUAAUAAAAAAACUACUUUAGGUUUCUAACCAGCAAACAUGACGUGCGUUUUUGCUUCCGUAGCAAUUUAAUCAGUAUUUGUUAUGCGUAUCUGAUUGACAGUAAUUGAACCUAACGCCCUGAAUUAGCUAUUUCAUGUUAAAACAGCGCCCUAAAAAAGGCUGGAAACAGACCGAACUGAUACCUUCUAGGGGACGGAUUUUGUCAGAGACGAGACGAACUUAGGGUAGGGUGAAUUUCAGAUUUCUGGACGGUGCAAAGGAUUUAUUUUUGCAAGUGUGAUUACUAAAGAUAGUAGUGAUGUUAAUGGAAACAGGAAGGUGAGAAGCAAAGGAGCCCAACUUACGAUCUGUUUCUGAACUGUCUGGCAUGAGAGGUAUAAUUAAGAUUUGGGUUUAAUUUUUAAUGAAAAAUUUUUAUUCUUUAUGAUGAUAUGUUCAAUGAUCCUAUGAUCAUUGUAUUGCUUUCAGAGUAUUCACAAAUAAGAAAAAGCAAUCACUAAAAUAUUUAAUUUUUAAAGUAUUUUUUUAAAAGGGAAAAGUAACAGCAGAAAUGGGUGAACAUGAGAAGUACUUAAGGAUCCCCCACCCAAAUAAAUUGCUGGUAUUUUCUAUCCUGUUUUAGUCUUCAAUUAUUUAUUUUAUGAGAACGUGCGGUUUUUAAACUAUGUUUGUGUAAUUGCUUUGUAGAAGGAACCUAUUGUGCAAAUUAUUGUGGAACUCAUUUGACCAUUCUGUUCUGUUCUUAAUGCGUUGGUUGGCAGACAUUGCACAAAACGGUCAUUGUUUACAUUUAAUUAAUUUCAGUGGUUUUAAAGAGAGUCCCUCAACACGGAUGAUUUUAAAUUCAGUAGUGAAACACAAUAAAGACAUCUCUUCCAUACCUAGAUUGUUUGUAUGAUUUUCUUUGCUGCAGUUGGCAGCGUCCUUCGCUGAGCGCCGCCUGUAACAGGCGUAGGUGCCUCUUGUUUGGGCAGGGCACGGGUGCGCAGAGGGAGGAGAUCAGGCGUGGAGCUUGGCAAGGUUUUGCUCACACAGGUAAAAACUGGUUUCAGUUGCUCUAACAUACGGUACUGGAUUAGGAGUGCAGUACUCGUUGUAGGUCCAGUGUUCUGCCCAAGUUUUACUGUUUCCAACUAAGCCUUUUAGAAUGGUGGUGACAGGGUUAAAAGGUCUCAUUCAUGGGGCGUGGCUUUCUCUAUUGCAAUCAGUUAAACAUGUUCAUUGUCUACUUUUGAUGACUUUUAUAAAUAUGUACUUUAUAAAUCUGAUCCAGUCCUUGUCAACGACAGCUUCCAGGGAGCUGAGUAAAUACGGCCAAGUGACACCCACAUAUUGAUGAGCCGUGACCCACCGAUUCCUCAAGGACACCACUGAGGAGUAAGCGACUAGUAUGGUAGUUUGUGAGCUGUAACUCCUCAGAGAUCUCUGAGGAACACCUGUAGGACGCGGGAGUGCAGUUGUAGGAACUGACAGCAGCAGAACCGAUCUAUGAAAACUGCUGUAAUCCUAGGAACACUACUGGAGGAGAGUUUUACUGAAAUGAACUUGCAGAAUUCCACAGCUGCCACCUCACAGAGAGCUUGUCCCAGGGGCAGGAGUUCAGCUCUGAGUCUGGGAGCACAUAAAUCACGCUUUACGACUACGUAGCCAGCGGAGGCAGCUUGUCUGUAAUGAUGCCCUUCAAGGCACAAAAUGGUGGUUCGGUUGUUUGGUGGUUUUUUUGAGAAUUCUAACUAAUUGUAACUUGCCGGCAUCUUGGCAGCACAAGCUGGAGUGAUCAUUGCAGAACUUGUGGAUUUUUGUGUAACACAAAUAUAAUUGAUGGUUUCCAUCCUUUUUGUAAGGCAGUUCAUUGCUUAGCCGCUGAUGAUUUUAAAUUGCUUGAAGGUCUAGGACACAGACUAAGGCACUUCUGUGGUGUGGUUUUUCUCUCCAUCUGCAUAUUUUGCGCACGUAUACACACGACUAAUCUGGGAAAGUUCUCCCUCAGACCAGAAGGAGGUGCAAGGCCGUGGAAUUUAUCCGAGAGUAAGUUCUGUUAGCACUUAAGACCUGUAACUAGCACAAUUACUUCUUUCCCUUCUGAGGUGCUAAAUAGAAUGCACUGAAGACUGAAGAGACUGACUCGUGAGGCUUUUGCAUGGCCUUAAGGCUGUAUUUUAAAUACAAAUAAAAAAACCAAACCAAAACAAAAACGCCAAAGAAAACACACCAGACA